AUGAGGUACGAGGCCUGCCAGUUUUACGGGUUGAAGGACCUCGACGAGCACUUCUUCAAGGAAACAAAGGCCGGCUACAAGCCCCCGUUCUCAAAGAAGCUCGACUUUCUGCUCAAAGUGCUACUUAAGGGGAAGUUGCUGGAUGAGGGGGGGGUGGCUCGCCAGAGUCACGAGGUCAAAAUGGUGGAGACGGCGCGGGGGCUGCUCGAGGACAUGGGCCUGGCGCAUGCGUUCGAUGUGGGCGGUGCAAGUCGCUCACUACUUGCAGGCGGACUCAAAGACAGGCUCCUGAAAUCAGAGCUGUUCAAAGGCCGCCCUAAGCAGGUCGGCGCAAAAACCGCAAUGUCGGAGCGUGCCGUGUCUGAGAUGUUCCAGAUUCAGUUGCCGGCACCCAAAGAGGGCAAGGCUGAUCUUGAUCCAGGUCAAUUCAAGGGUGUGAUAAACGGAGUGCUGGAACACAUGGGCCUGAAGGUGGGGAAGGGGAUUGAGGUGGGCCGCCCGCGACGAGGGAAGGGGAAGCAGUACGAGUCGGGGUCCGGAAAGAGCGACUACAAGUACAAGCUAGAUCGGAAGAGCGUUCUCAGGAUGGCAAAGCUCGUCAAGCUGCAGUUCUGUGAAGUCCCUCGUGUUUGGCAGCAUCGGGGAGAGCUAGAGCCUGCGGUCAGAGGGUUUCUCAACGAGAGGAUCUGA